AUCACUCAUUACGCAAUCAGCGUACGUUAACCUUGGGGUGCAAAGGGUGCGCAGGUUAAAGGGGUGGUCCGGCGGAGCUAGUGCGCAUUUUUCAAUGAGAAGAUUAGUGGAAAUGCGACCGUUGACUAUGGGAGAGUGAGAGAGAGGAUAAAAGGGGGAGAGCAAACUUCUUUUUUGUUUUUUUUAUGAAGCUGUCGUUGGAUUCUCUGCAAUGGGGUUAGGGUUUUUAUAGGUGUUAGGGUUUUGCAGGACUGGGAUUUUAGAGUUUUCUCGGACUGUGAUUCUUGCAGGAAUUUGGUUGUGAGUGGAGGGAGCUCAUAUUUGCGCGGGAGUUAUUCAAAGGAAUUCAAGUUGUUCACUGAUGCCAAUGUGGAAAAGUUCUGUUCUUUUUUUGUUCUGAAGAGCUUGAGCUUUCGUUCAACUCAGUUUGCUAUCCCAAGGAGGAUGGGCAUAUAUGAACCAAAUCACCAUAUUAGCAUGUGGGGAGAAACCUUCAAAUCUGACAAUACUGGUGCAUCCACAAUUGUUGAGGUUGAUGCAAAGCUUGACAAUAGGUCUGAAGAUGCUUCUCAUGGAAUGCUGAGGCCAUCUAAAAAAUUUGAUCAGGAAGCAAACAAACCUAAUGAGAAGGUAUCAAGACGGCUUGCACAAAAUCGGGAGGCUGCCCGAAAGAGCCGUUUAAGGAAAAAGGCCUAUGUUCAACAACUAGAGUCAAGUCGUAUAAAGCUGACACAAUUAGAGCAGGAGCUUGACCGAGCUAAACAGCAGGGUGUAUACAUUGGUGGACACUCAGGAGAUUCCAGCCACCUUGGAUUAGCUGGAACUGUUAGCUCAGGAGUUGCUGCAUUUCAGAUGGAGUAUGGACAUUGGGUUGAAGAGCAAAAUAGACAGGUUCUUGAGCUAAGAACUGCGUUGCAAGCUCAUAUAACUGAUAUAGAGCUUGACAUGCUUGUAGAAAGUGGAAUGAGUCACUACGACAAUCUUUUCCGUAUGAAAGCAAUUGCUGCAAAGUCAGAUGUCUUCUAUUUGAUGUCUGGCAUGUGGAAGACUGCUGCUGAACGUUUCUUCCUAUGGAUAGGAGGGUUUCGUCCUUCAGAGGUUCUGAAGGUUCUCACUCAACACCUUGACCCCUUGACAGAGAAACAGCUAAUGGAAGUCUGUAACCUGCAACAAUCAUCUCAGCAAGCUGAAGAUGCUCUUUCUCAAGGGAUGGAUAAACUUCAGCAGACUCUCUCAGAGACACUGGUAUCUGAACCGUUGGGGGCUUCUGGUGUUGCGAACUAUAUGGGACAGAUGGCCACAGCAAUGGGGAAGUUGGAGGCCCUUGUUAGCUUUGUAAACCAGGCAGACCACCUUCGCCAGCAGGCUCUGCAUCAGAUGCGUCGCAUUCUAACUGUCCGCCAAGCAGCUCGAGGUCUGCUCGCCUUGGGCGAUUAUUUCCAACGCCUUCGGGCCCUAAGUUCCCUCUGGGCAGCUCGUCCUCGUGAACCAGCCUAAUUUAGAUAAUGCAACCCGAAGCAUUACAUACAGCCUCUUGGAUGCGACUGCCAACUGCCACAGAGAAGAUCAUCCCCUUCAGCAGCAGCUAUAUUUAUUGGAGUGCCCUUGGUGUAAUAUAAGCUGCUGACAUUUUUCAAGCAGUCUGUGAUUGAAUGGUGUAAAUAUUCCUGUACGAAGCUCAGAUGUCCCACUUGUUAUCAGAGUUUUUGUCGAUUAUCUCAAAUACAUGCUGUAUAUUAUGGUGUAAUGUUGCAUGGGAUUAUUUUGAUGUAUUGGAAAUAUAUGGUUUGGUGGAGCGAUGAACUUUCCAUA